ACAGAAUGACAGUAUUGCGAAUCACGAUAUCUUAGAAGUGGGAGACUUCGCAAUGAAUGACGGGGUGUAGUGUGCAGUGGAAGCUACGUGUAGCAUGAAUUGUUUUCGAUCUUUUUCGUGAAAACAGUCGGGUCUGACAAAUUCAAACCCGUAAGCAACAGCGUUUCGAUUAGAUUCUCGUGUCUUUCAGUAAACAGUCCACGGAAUCCAAUUAAUUAAAACAUCAUGAAUUACAGUCACACGACUCCGCGGAGAGGUAAACCAAAAAGAUUAGUUGAUCCAUCUGCUGCUGGUCCAGCUGCAUCAACAUCGAUGCCACAAAAUCCAUAUAUGUAUAAUCAGCAGGUCCCUCCAAAUAAUGGCAUGAUGCCUCAAUAUGGUUUCAAUGUACCAGAGCAACAGCCACCGAUUUAUGGAUUUAAUACAGGGCCAAUGCAAAAUUAUCAAACUCCUGUGAAUCAAGGAAGUGACUAUUCUACACCACAAUUUGCUACACAACUAUUGGCUCAGCCAGUAGUAACAGACAUGGCUGUACAAUAUGGAAAUGCUUUGGUAGGAUCUGGAAAGUACCAAUUCGAAAAAUAUGUACCGGUCAAAGCUUUAAGAUAUUACUUUGCUGUCGAUACGGACUACGUUCUCACAAAGCUGGCUUUGUUGUUCUUCCCAUUUACGCAUAAAGACUGGUCUGUAAAAUACGAGCAGGACGUUCCGCUACAGCCACGAUAUGAGAAAAAUGCGCCGGACAUGUAUAUCCCAACAAUGGCAUUUUUAACAUACGUAGCUAUAGCCGGAUUAGUUUUAGGAGUCCACGAACGUUUUACUCCGGAACAGUUAGGUAUUACCGCUAGUUCUGCUCUCGCAUGGGGUAUAAUAGAGUUAGUGGUACACAUCAUAAGCCUUUACGUGAUGAAUCUUGAUACUAGCCUCUCGACGUUAGAUUUAUUAGCUUAUUGCGGUUACAAGUACGUCGGUAUGAACGUGGCGCUUUUGAUUUCACUGGCACUUCGGAAAUUUGGUUAUUACAUGGUUUGGCUAUACUUCAGUGCGUCCCUAGCAUUUUUCCUAAUGCGAUCUCUAAAGAUAAGGGUGGUCCCGCAAAGCCACAGCUCGUACACGGCUUCCGGACACAAAAGGAGACUCUAUUUCAUAUUGUUCGUAGCUGGGAUUCAACCUGUGCUAAUGUGGUGGUUGUCGUAUCAUUUAUUAUAAACAUUGAUUACUGCAGGAGGUAUCGAAAAUUUGUUCUAACCGUGGGACAUGUAUAUUUAUUUGAUUAUCAAUGUCAAGUAUGCAUUUUUGUAAUAAAAAUCAUUCUGCGAA